AGAUGGAACAGUGAAAUUGUUGUCUGACAUGAAUAACGCAAACCAGAGCCAAAGCAGAGGUACUAAUACAGGUCCUAAUAGGGAAAUAAAAAAACAGGGACCACCCUAUAAUAUAGUUCAACACUGGGUAAGGUUUAUCUGUACACACUGUUGACGACAAGUCUAAAGGAUGGCAGAAGAGCUGCAUUAUUCUUCCGUGGUUUUCAAGAAUCCCAUCGUUUCUUCGCCAAAAGAGAAAAAAGAGGAAGAAACAGCAUAUGCUGAAGUAAAGGCUAAGGGAAGUGCAGUCACUCAACAAAAUCCUGCCACAGCAGUGGACGAGAAGUCUGCUCUCCACUCUCAACCCUUUCGAGGAGCGGCAGUGUGUUUGGGGCUUCUUUGUGUCCUCUUAGUUUCAGCCAUUAUAGGCCUCUGUGUCUACUUCAGCACUGCUCUCUCAGAGCACAACACAAAGUUGGUGGGGGAACUGGCGGCCAAUCAGGACCUAAUGAAUCUCAAUAGCAAUCUGAGUACAGCCAAUCACAUUUUGCAGAGUGAUUACACCAAUGUCAGCACUACAAACCGACGUUUAGCGGCAGAGAAAGAACAUGUGUCAAGAGAGAGGGAUAGACUGAACUGGAAUCUUCAGUUCAUAUUUCAGUUUGAUGACUUUCCGGUCAAGAAAUAUUGUUCACAAAACGUUGGCUCAGGAGAGAGAGUGUGUAACUCUUGCCAAGAUGGCUGGAUUCUGUUCCAAUCUAGUUGUUACCUGAUUGUGCAAAAUGGCCCUCCAUGGAAGACCUGGACAGAAAGCCAACAAUAUUGCAAACAAGAGAAUGCUGAUUUGCCCGUCAUUGGCAGCCGAGCAGAACAGGAAUUCAUUCAUAACCAGACUAAAGAAUACUAUGAUAAGUACCAUGGGUAUUGGAUUGGUUUGACGGACAAAGCUGAAGACGGCAAAUGGCUCUGGGUUAAUGGAGGUCAUCAGAAUCUGACUGAUGGGUUUUGGAACAGUCAAACUGAGGGUGAUUGCGUGUUAACUAUCCCAAGCAAUGCACCGUUGGCUAAUUGGAAUGCUGUACGGUGUGAUAUGCAGAACCGUUGGAUCUGUGAGAGUAGAGCAUUAAUAUGGUCAGAUUAAAUUGCAGGGACACUCUCUUAAGAGGUAUUCUCACAUACUGAGCUCAUAUAUUAUAUAUUAUAUUAUAUUAUCUUAUAUUAUUAUAUUAUCUUCCUUUGAGAAUUCCAUUAAGUUGUAUUCUUCUCAUUGAAGGACCCCUGCAUCUGCUUGUUGGGGUCAAAUCAGAUUCACUCAAUUCAGGAAGUGAUUUUAAUAUAGAAUUCACAAAGGAAAACCUUAAUUGGCUGACGCAAACACAGGUCUGUUUUGUACGUUUUUGAAAUGUUUAACAAUCAACGAUCUGUUUUAAUGUAGCUUUGGUAAAUUUAAAAAAUAAUGUUUAGUUUUGAGCUUUCAUAUAAAUCAGGCACAUUUUCUUUCAUAUCAAUUAUUUCAUUAUGACAAUGAAUUAGUGCUCUUAUAUUGUCUUAUUGUAUUAUGUUUCAUACAGCUGUUUCUAUGUUCACAAUCAAAGAUCAACUGUAUGUAUAGUAGUGUUUUAGUAUAACAUUUGUUUUGGCCUUUCAUAGAUCGGAAAUCAUAUAAUAUUCAGUUUACAAAGUAAAGCUGGACUUGCCAUCCAAGAUUUUCUUCCUUCAAUUUUGAAACAUCUUAGCAUAUGAAGUACAAGUUUAUGAUGAUGCCUUCACCACCAUACUCCGCCGUAGGGAUGGUGCCAGGUUUCCUCCAGACGUGACUCUUGGCAUUCAGGUCAAACAGUUCAAUCUUGGUUUCAUCAGACCAGAGAAUCUUGUUUCUCAUGGUCUGUGAGUCCUUUUGGCAAACUCCAAGCUGGCUGUCAUGUGCCUUUUAUUGAGGAGUGGCUUCUGUCUGGCCACUCUACCAUAAAGGCCUGAUUGGUGGAGUGCUGCAGAGAUGUUUGUCCUGGAAGUUCUUCCAUCUCAACAGAGGAAAUGUUAAGCUUCGUCAGAUUGACCAUCGCAUUAUUGGUCACCUCCCUGACCAAGGCCCUUCUCCCCCGAUUGCUCUGUUUGGCCGGGCAGCCAGCUUUAGGAAGUGUCUUGGUGGUUCCAAACUUCUUCCAUUUCAGAUUGAUGGAGGCCACUGUAUUCUUGGGGACCUUCAAUGCUGCAGACAUUUUUGGUACCCAUCCCCAGAUCUGUGCCUUGACACAGUCCUGUCUCGGAGCUGUACGGACAAUUCCUUCGACCUCAUGUCUUGGUUUUGCUCUGACAAGCACUGUCAACUGUGGGACCUUAUAUAGACAGGUGUGUGCCUUUCCAAAUCAUGUCCAAUCAAUUGAAUUUAUGACAAGUGGACUGCAAUCAAGUUGUAGAAGCAUCUCAAGGAUGAUCAAUGGAAACAGGAUGCACCUGAGCUCAAUUUUGGGCCUCAUAGCAAAGUGUCUGAAUACUUAUGUAAAUAUGAUAUUUCAAAUCAAAUGUAUUUAUAAAGUCCUUCUUACAUCAGCUGAUAUCUCAAAGUGCUGUACAGAAACCCAGCCUAAAACCCCAAACAGCAAGCAAUGCAGGUGUAGAAGCACGGUGGCUAGGAAAAACUCCCUAGAAAGGCCAGAACCUAGGAAGAAACCUAGAGAGGAACCAGGCUAUGAGAGGUGGCCAGUCCUCUUCUGGCUGUGCCGGGUGGAGAUUAUAACAGAACAUGGCCAAGAUGUUCAAAUGUUCAUGGAUGACCAGCAGGGUCAAAUAAUAAUAAUCACAGUGGUUGUCGAGGGUGCAACAGGUCAGCACCUCAGGAGUAAAUGUCAGUUGGCUUUUCAUAGCCGAUCAGAGAGUUGAAAACAGCAUGUCUGGGACAGGUAGCACGUCCGGUGAACAGGUCAGGGUUCCAUAGCCUCAGGCAGAAAAGUUGAAACUGGAGCAGCAGCACGGCCAGGUGGACUGGGGACAGCAAGGAGUCAACAGGCCAGGCAUGGUCCUAGGGCUCAGGUCCUCCGAGAGAGAGAAAGAAAUAAAGAAUUAGAGAGAGCAUACUUAAAUUCACACAGGACACCGGAUAAGACAGGAGAAAUACUCCAGAUAUAACAGACUGACCCUAGCCCCCGACACAUAAACUACUGCAGCAUAAAUACUGGAGGCUGAGAAAAGAGGGGUCGGGAGACACUGUGGCCCUUUCCGAUGAUACCCCCGGACAGGCCCAAACAGGGCCAAACAACAGGCCCAAACAGGCCCAAACAGGCCCUUUAGGUUAUUUAUGUUUCUUAUUUGUAAUACAUUUGCUUGGGGGGAUUUGUGUGUAGAUUGAUGAAAAAAAUACGUAUAAAUCCAAAAUGUGGAAGAAGUCAAGGGGUCUGAAUGCUUUCCGAAUGCACUGUAUAAGUUAUAUUCUUCAAGAAUCAAUGGGUACAUAUCAUUAAUUUAUAAGUCCAACAAAUGAUGCCCCUUUAAGCAUCAUGCAAAUGUGUGACAUCACAGAGUGUAGUAGGGAAAGCUCAUUGAGCAAAAAAUACAUGGACAUUACUGUGCUCAUAUCUAGCAACCUCAUAUCUGAUAUUGAUAUCACAUUGUUUAAAACAUCCAUGUUGAGAAUAUCAACAAUACAGAACACCGUACAAGAAUCGGCAUAUAAACACCAGUUUAAAAAAGGAUUUCUAAUAUCAAUUCCACUAUAAACCUCUAUUGUUGAAUUGCUGAGUAUAAUGUUGACAGGAAACAAAACACCCUUUUUUUCAUGGUUUUGCAAAAAUUUCAGUUGAGUCCAGAUUAAAUGUACCGUAUUUUAUUUUAAUUUUAUUUUUUUACCGCAUUUGUCUAUGAGAUGAACUGAACAUUGGAGCUCUGCCACAAGCUUAUCAAUGGCUGAUCUCUUUGCCUCUCUGACAAUCUUGGGCAAGUCCUCAUCAAUCUUGUUCCAAAUUCUUUAAUUUUUUUUUGAGGUAUGGACUCAAUGUGUAACCUAUCCUCUACUGUCUGCUUGUCCUCUUUGCAUUUUUUUUGUACCUUUUAUUUGAGGUUCCUCCUCCACUGUUCUCCCUUCCUUUCUCUCCUCUAUUGCUGCAUCCUGUUUCUUUUUCUUUUUUGGAGGAGAGUCCUCCACUGUUUCUGAUUGGUUGGAUUCUUGACAUUAGUGUGUUCCAUCUCCACUAGAUCCUCCUCUUUGUUCUUGAAUGACUUCUUCUUUUUGAUAUUGGUGUCUGAGUCAGUCACUUGGAGAAACUCACGAUUUGACUGACAUUAAUGUUUUGUAGAAGAUGGUCUCUGCAAAUACAUUUGCAAUUAUUUUAUUAAAUGUGUACACAAUGGUUUUAGUUUAUCUGAUACACACAUAUCAUGAUACUAUUUUGUGUACAAAGUAAACAGAUCAAAUUCAUCUUAUUGGAUAAUUGAUGGACUGAAUAAAGGAUUGGGAAUAACAA